AGCAAUAAGCGAGGCAAUAUGACACGAUAAAGGAGCAACUGCUAAUACGUGUAUUUUUGUGUUUUUAUUUUCUUUAGUUUAUUUUUUGACAGGUUUUAUUUCUGCUUUGCUUGUUUCUCUGUUCUUGAAUUUCUAAAUUUAAACAAAACAGCGAGUUGUAUGAUUGUAAGUCAAGUGUUUACAUAUAUUAGACGGUAGCCGGCAAGACAAGAUCUAUAGUAACGUCAACACAGGCCAAGCAAAAACAUAGAAGAAGGUGGUUCUGUAACGCAUUUACGUGCUUAGUUAUUUUUUAUGGAAAGCGAACGAUUCACAUUUUCGUCAUAACAUCGCAGAAAGAUGGCUGUUAGCGCGUCCUUUUACAAAAAUGUGUCUUUAUUAACUCAAUUAGUUCCACCGAGUGAUGAUUUCAAGAAAGUUUUUCGCGAGGGAAUGUUUGAUAAACCAAAUGUUGCGGGAUUUGUACAAGUUUCUCAUUAUUUAUUAAUGGUAUAUGAUGCUGAGCGUUUCAAAAAGCAAGUUGAAUGGCCAGUAUUGUGUAAGAAGACGGAAGCAAAGUAUCGUAAUGAUGUCAAGGAUUAUCUAAAUGUAAUUGCUAGUGAGAAUUCUGAUGUAGGAUUUCCGCAUAUUGUCGCUACAUACCUGCAUCAUGCAAGUGGUACAAAGUUUAUGCUUAUAAUGUGGAAAUUAUCACAACUUGGACUCAAGAGAUAUCUUAUACGUAAUGGUGAAUAUAGAGUAAUAUCCACACCAAAACGAGGUCCUACAAGUGAUUUAAUUAGAACUUUCCUACAACAGUCCAAAGCGAGUGUCGUUUAUAAUACAUUGAAUUAUCAUAGAAGUUGUAUGCAAAUGGAAAAGGCAGUGAAUUUAGCAUCAGAAGAAGAACAGGAACAACUGACUAAAAUUAAGACACAACUUUUUGACAUGAAACAGUCUGUGAUGAACUCCAUAACUAUAGCACCUGUUGCUGCCUCCAUAAAACAACGUUUAAAAAUUGUUGAAGAUUUGGAGAUUAUACAAAUGUGGAAAAGUAGUUUAGAUGAAAACAUAUGUUACAUACGAAAAAAGAAUAGAGUUUUAAAAAAUAUAGAAAUAAUAUGUAAGAAUAUAAGUGGCAUAAUAACGAAUCUAACAAGCGAUGCAAAAGUACUAGAUGGAAAACAAUUGGAAAUCAAUUGUUUUCUUAUAUCAGAACUGCCAUUUCCACCUGAUAUUCAACAUUUUCUUUAUCAUUUAUAUAAUGAUAAUCAAUUGGUAUACAACAAUUUUAUUAAUCUACACACUUUGAUACUCUGUCAAGUGUAUCAGUGCCUUAGGAAAAAUGAGUUAGCAGACUUAACUCAGUGUCAAUUGCAAGUGGAAGGGAGUGUAGAAGAUAUGAAGUCCAUGUAUAAUAUAUUCGAAGUUAUCUUGACAAAUAUGAAAAGUUCUAUAGAAGAGACACAAAAUGUUUUUUGUCAAACAAAUAUGGAGUACACAUCCAGGAAUAUGUUACCCUUUAUAAAUAAUGUACUUUUCAUGCCGUCACCUCUUGUCAAAAUUAACACUAACUAUGCAGAUGAAACGAAUGACUUGCAGAGAUUAUUGCAACUUACCCCAGGUGAAAUUGCGCAUAAAUCAUUAUUCUCGAGAUAUGUGCGGCAGAAAUGCAUUCAUACGCCAGAUUUGCGAACAAAUUUAUUUGUAUCACGUAUUGAUCGCGAUCGCCUAAUGUCAUUAGACAAUAAUGUUAAAAAAAACUUGAAUUUACGUUUUCUAACGCCUAAAGUGAAAAAAUUAUCCAAGAAAGCAACAGGAAAAUAUUCUCGAUUAUUUUCUACUUGUAUGGAUAGAAAUACAAAAGCCAAUUCUACCAUGAUAUCUCUACCAUCUACUGCAGAAGUCAAUUCUUCUAUUGAAAGUACAAUAGGAGAAAUGCAAAAUACAUCAAAUCUUGAUUCGGAUAUUAUAACAAGAAGUUAUCUCAAUCUGAGCGAAGCAUCUACAAUUCCUUGUAUAUCUGGAUCUGCACAGUUUACUCCGAUAAAACGAAACAUUUCGAGAAAUAUGUCUCAAGAACAAACGAGAGACAAAUUCGAUCACGAGUUCAAAAUAAAUAAAGUCAAACUGGAUGAUAUUACAGAAGUACAGUUUGUGAAUGAUGAGAACGAAAUAAAGCCUGAGAAGCAUGAACAUAGUUCAAGAGGACGACGUUCUAUCAGUGACUUGGUGGAACGUUAUAAGAAGUUGUUGGAAACCAAUAAUUCUACUAUGACAAAGUUUCAAAAUGAGUAUAAAGAAGUUGAAUAAUGAAAAAAAAAACAAAGGUAAUUAGAUAAAAAUAUAUUAAUAGU